AUGGAACGAAGUUCUUCUAGUUCUCCUAGUCCUACUAGCUCUCAUGCUACUUCUCUUAGUUCCCCUAAAUCUCCUAGUCUUCCUACUUCUCUCAGUUCCCCUAAUUCUUCUAGUUCUCUUAGUCCUACUAGCUCUCAUACUACUUCUCAUAGUUCCCCUAAAUCUCCUAGUUCUCCUAGUCUUCCUACUUCUCUCAGUUCCCCUAAUUCUUCUAGUUCUCCUAGUUCUCCUAGUCUUCCUACUUCUCUCAGUUCCCCUAAUUCUUCUAGUUCUCCUAGUUCUCCUAGUCUUCCUACUUCUCUCAGUUCCCCUAAUUCUUCUAGUUCUCCUAGUUCUCCUAGUCUUCCUACUUCUCUCAGUUCCCCUAAUUUUUCUAGUUCUCGUGGUCUGGUUUUCUAG